CCCAAAGUCUGCUCGCCCAGCAACCCCUUCUUCUGACCCUUUAUUCUCGGUCAACAGCACCUCGUGGCUUUUCUUGAGGGCCAGUCAGCGUGGGAGACCCGCCCCUUUAAGCGGCAGAUCGGCAGCUGUCAAGCUCCGCCUCGCAAAGAAACCGGCUCGUGGCUUGACUUACACCAAAUGUGGCGCAAGGAAGCCCCGUUCCACUUCAUGAUGUCGGUCGAGGCAGGGUUGACAUCUGGAGCUCAGCGGUUCGAAGCGUGUUUGCUGAUAUCAUCGAUGGCCAGUUUUGAGCCUGAUGUUUCUGGCCAGCAUCUCACGCUGUUGGCUGGAGUUGUCGCUGAAGAAGGAGCUAUUGUUGCGCCCACUAUUGUCGCCAUGCUAUUGUUGACAAAAGUGACUUCAAGUGAAAGCUCAGGCUGGCGAUACUGCCCCGCCUUCUACUACAAGACUAGCGCCUCUCGCUUAACUAUCUUCUUAUCGCCUAGCGCUAUUUUCACGUGA